CAAUUUGUUAUAGAUAUAAAAAGUUGUAUCGUCUUCAUAUAAUAUUUAGUUUAUAACUUUUUUAGCUGAAGUUAUUACCAUGUUGGGAUUUGCAGUAUUAUUGGUGUCAAUCAGUCUUUAUGGUGUCAAUUAUUCAGUUGCCAUUGAAACUGCUACAUAUACGACAAAGUACGACAAUGUUGACAUUUUGGAAGUACUAAAUAACGAGAGACUUUUGAAGAAUUAUGUGAAUUGUCUUUUGGAUCAAGGACCCUGUACAUCGGAUGGCAUGGAACUAAAACAAAAUAUGCCUGAUGCAAUUACUAGCGGUUGCAGCAAAUGCAGCGAGAAACAAAAAGAAAAAUCGGAAAUUAUGAUUGCCUACCUUAUCGAUAAUAAGCCGGACUACUGGACACCGUUACAGGAGAAGUAUGACCCGACAGGUGAUUACAGGAAACAUUAUUUGGAAAGCAAGAAUUCGGAUACAUCGACAAAUGGAGAUAAUAUGAAUAACAUGGACUAAUAUACUAAUAUAGACACCGUAUAUGUAUUAUAAUAUAAAUAUAACAAUAUAUUAGAAAAAUAUGUAUUAAAGUUCUU